AAUAAUAAUAAACAGGAACAAUCUUGUGGUCAAAUGCAUCUAUUGUAUACUUGGCUGGGUGACAUUGGAUAAAUAACUCGAAGGAGCCAAUAACAAUUCCAAAUAAAAGUAAGGAACCCAAGGAGUAUAUCGCGACAACCAAUUGCAGCAUAAUGGCGAAUAUGGCAGUAUCUCGAAUCAAGCGCGAAUUUAAAGAAGUCAUGAAAAGUGAAGAGAUCGUACAGUGUUCAAUUAAAAUUGAGUUGAUUAAUGACAGUUGGACCGAGCUACGGGGUGAAAUUGCCGGGCCACCAGAUACACCAUACGAAGGCGGAAAGUUUAUAUUGGAAAUUAAGGUGCCAGAAACCUAUCCAUUUAAUCCGCCAAAGGUGCGCUUUAUUACUAAAAUAUGGCAUCCGAAUAUAUCGUCUGUAACUGGUGCUAUUUGUUUAGAUAUAUUGAAGGACAAUUGGGCUGCUGCUAUGACCUUACGCACGGUUUUGCUUUCUUUGCAAGCUUUAUUAGCAGCAGCAGAACCCGAUGAUCCUCAAGACGCAGUAGUCGCCUACCAGUAUAAAGACAAGCACCCAAUAUUUAUAACAACAGCAAAGCAUUGGACAAAUGCUUAUGCCGGAGGCCCACAUAAAUUUCCAGAAUGUGAUGCCAAGAUUCAACGUCUUAAAGAUAUGGGUAUCGAUGAGCAUGAGGCUCGAGCUGUAUUAUCAAAGGAAAACUGGGAUCUAGAAAAGGCUACGGAAAGCCACUUUAGUUAGCUGCAUGCGAUCGAUUUUGUACAAAAUGAGAUGGUCUAGAAUAUGGUUAAGAAGUAAAAAAGCUUAAAUAAAAUAAAAAUAAAAACCUUCAACAAAAAGAAUCAAAUUCAAACAAAAUUUUCGCUGAAACGAUGACCCCAAAUGUAUAAUUAUGAAUUUUGUCAAAAUUUAUAAUAUAAAUUCUCUGUUUUUAUGGUUUUUAUUUAUUUUUUUAUGCUGAAUGUACUGUUUUCAAUACUA